AUGGCGUUCUUGCACGGGGUGCUUAAAGAUGUCUAUGAGAAACAGCCUUACAAAGUAGGGAAAGAAAGCCAUUUGAAGAGUGUUGUUGAUGCUUUACAUAGUAAAUUAUGUUCAGGUCAUGAGGGUUUUAAGAGAGUCAUUGGUCACGUGGCCGACGGUGUCGGGAGGUAUAAUAGGGAAGUGGAGGGGAGUAACAACCAUGUUAAAAGCAAGAUUGAAGGCUUCGACAGGGAGAUGAAGAAACUCAAAACAACGGUAAGUAAAAUUUUAGAAACUCAUUCUGUUGCAGGUACGGAUGAUCCUCUGAAGAUUGAGCAAGCAGAGGAGCUGAUCAACAAGAGGCUGGAUGACUAUCUUAGCAAGGCUACGACUUUUAACCACACGUUAGAUAUGCACAAUAACCAGAUGGAAACUAGAAACGCAAUCAGUAAUCUUAGCGAUAAAUUACGUGGCAUGCUCGAUAAUGUUCAUAGGACCAUGGUGUAUGAAAAAACUCGGCUGACCGACUUGUCGGACAAGGAAAAAGACGAGUUGAGAGAGACGAAGGAGAAGAUUAAAACAACGCUCCAGAGUGCUGGUUCAUGUGUCAAUACGCAGAUUAGUGAGCGAGUCACUGCGUUCGCCACCGAAUUGAGAAAAAGAGUGCAGACCAUUUUUGAAAAGCUUGAGAUAGUUAACAGGGAUCUCCCGACGUAUGUGGACAGCCUGCAAGUGUGGAUCAACGAUACGGACAAAGACAUUGAAUCAGCGCAGAGGCAUGUGAAGGCGAUUACUGAACAGGCGGAAGGUGGUAUCACCAGUAACAAGAAUCCUAUUGAAGAUGCUGUAAAGGAGUUGGAAAAGACGAGAAGUGCCCUUGAUACGUAUAUUAGUGGCGAGCGAAGCGGGCUGACAGAGUUGGUAAAUAAAGUUAACGCGGCGAUUACGGCGCUUGGGGAGCAGUUUCCGGCUCUUAAAAGCCGCACUCUGCCGACGAGUAUUGAUGGGAUCUUUGACAAUAUCAGAACUACGGUUGCGCAAAUUAAUGGGAAGAGUGGGGAUGCAUUUUCUAUGGGUUUCGAGGGGAUUAAAGAUGCCUUUAAGAAGUACGCGGAGGGGUUCACUCAGGGGAAGUUUGAGGAUAUUGUCAAAAGCUGGAGUAAUGAGAUUGUGGAUAAGGUUGGUGGUGCAAGCGGGCUGCGAGGGUAUCUGGUAAGUCAUAGGAAACUUGGGCAUGGUAACGGAGGUAAUCUUAAUAAAUUGCUGCUGGCUAUCAAAAGGGAAAUUCCAUCACAGCUUAAGAGCGAAGUUAUUGAAGUGGCGGCUCAAACGUUCAGUAGUACUCCCGGAGAAAAUAUUGACACUGACUUGAAAGGAGUGCAAGCUGUUUGCAAAGGAUUCGCGGAUUCACUCUAUCCACAAAUUUCUAAGAAGGCUGGUGAGAUCAUUGGCGCGAUUAAGAGUGAUUUGACAUCGUUGGGGAUUACUAAAACCGGUGACAAUUACGAGAAAGACCUCAUAUCCGCCGUUCAACUCAUACUCCACCAUCUCGUUGGUGCGGCCAGAGGUGCAGCUAUGGAGCUUCACUCUUUAGUUAACGAGCAGAAACAGAUAGGCGGCGAGCAAACCACCAUGUCAAAGGUAAUAGAAGAAGCUCAUACAAAGGCCAAGUCACUCCACAGCCAGCUUCAGCAGGCGACUGGGAAAAUCGGCGGCAGAACCAGUGGCACCAACCACGCCCAAGCCGUCGACACCGCAAUUAAAGCUGUGAAAUCUAGAGCAGAAGACAUCACCAUCGAAAUAACUACGGAAGCUCUCCAACGUCUCUCCAAUGAAAUUAACGCUAACCUCCGUAAGCUCACCUCCACCAUUUCAGACUCCGCCUAUGCUGUUGGCUUAACAUUGGAAAACCUUAGAACAAAGAAAAUCGGCAAAAGUCCAAACAAAGGUGAGCUGCAGAAACUUCAACAGCAACUUCACGAUUUGAAAGCUCCAGUGUCGGUAGCGCAUGACACGGCAAAGAGAUUCCUUGCAGGUGUGGACAAUCUCGUCAAGGUCACAAUCCAAGACCUCAAAAGUGACGUCGAUGGACAGAUAGACACCGCAACUAAGCAACUCACUACGCACGCUCAAAAGCAAUACGUUCUGUCCGUAAGCUCCCUGCUCGUGUCAUUCUCAACAAAAGUUGAGACGGAAUUACAACCGUUGCCGAACCUGAUUACUAAGGAUCUGGAUUUAGGCGUGAAAGGUUUUAUGAAGACGUUCGAGAAACAUUUCAUGACUAGCCAGAAAUCGAUCAAAGGCAUUAGCGAUAUUAAGAAUACCUUUUCUCCUCCAGAGAAGUCUCCACUCAGCCAGGCAUCUGUAAAAUUGCAUGGAAGCAUCAAACGUUUGUUCCAACACUUGCAGAAGCAGGAAGACUUCAAGGCCUUCUUUCCGAAAACGCAGCCUUCUCAUGACGCUGCGCGUAGACUUCUUGAUGGUCUGGAAACGUCGCAGCAUUUUGAUCCCGCAUUUGUAGACAACCUAAACAGACUUAGGAAGUCACUUACCACAUUAACCGCAGAGAAAUCUUGUGAGCCCUCUGCACAUAUUCUCGACGCGCUGAGAGAGGGCUAUUCGGCUAUGAUCGCGGAGCUCGACAAGGUCUACAUGAACGUCUACGCGGGAGCGAAGCCUAUCGAUAAGUGGAGUGAACCUCUGCCUGCUGACCAACCAAGCAAGCCGACUGGCGCCACCCCCGAAACCAAGCUGACGCCAAAUGGCCGGCGUGGCGCUAAGGUCUGUCUAACCAUAGUUCCCAUUGUAUAUACAGCUUUGAAGCAUCUCAAGAAUGGCCUUGAAGAAGGUGAUUGGAAGGGUCACAAAAUCUACAACCCGGCCGAUCGCAAGUCCAGUUUACAUGAAUUGUUCUUCGCGGACAACGGCUAUGACGUCGGCUCUCCGUCAACGAUUUCGUGCGGUGAACUUAAUCACAGACAUGACUUUAAUGGUAGCAAUAUUCUUAAUAAUCUCAAUGGUGAUGCAGAUGCAUUGUUCACUUCUAGCCCUACGCCACUAGCCUCCCCUCUCCGUUCCGGUGACCAAGACAUACCCGUGGAAUACAAUGAGGAGGAUGGCGUAGUACCUAAAUUGCACAGCUACCUUAAACCAUACGCUCAGGUGGGACACCUAGCGACAUUCGCCGCCACUAGGACGCCUUGCAGUGUAUAUGAACAGUUGAUUUGGUUGACAGGUUUACAGUUCAACGGCGUGUAUGAUAAGCUUCAUGAACAUUGUGAUUCAUUGUUUGAGAAAAAACCAGAUGCGCAUAAUACAGAACUAAAUAUUCCGGUGCCCAUUCCAGCGUAUCCAAAUCCCAUCUCAAAUGACCGAAUUGAUUCCACAAUUGAACAUCUAACAUCGCGCGCUUACUACCUCCUGACUGGCAUCGUUGGCCAUGGCGAUGCUGAGUGCAGGUACGCCUGCGACUACUCGACCAAUUUCUUGAAAUUGAAAUAUCCGACGAACGGCCAGGACUGUCUGCAUACGCUGCUUGACAUCCUGCGUAAAAUUACACCAGCACUUAACUUCAUGUGUAAGCAAUGUAGUUCUCCAGCAGCAGACUUUGGCUGGCGCGAUUGCCUCUAUGGCAAAGGUAUCAGGUCAACCAAAUGGCCAUGUAACGAGCAUGUUACCGACCAACGUAGGUGCCAAGCAAAUGAUCAGUCAACUGACAAAGCAAUUGGCCAACCAAAAUGCGAAUCAAACUGCCAACCAACCUCACCACUUAUGAGCUACCUAAACGAUUGCCUUCCAGGUCACCUACCGCACCAAUUACAAUCCGUCGGUUGUAAAUCCAUUUGUGCUACGUGCCCCAAAUCCACACCUGGCAUGCCUUGCAUAACUCCAUUAGAGUUCAGAGCUUUCUCGGGCUCUACGAAAACGGGUAGAGAUAUGUGUGAUAUUAUCCGUGCUUUCCUUGACUUUGAUGGUAUUUCGUGCAUCUUCUCCCUUGCACCAAAACCUCCCUCCACAUUACCUGAGCACUUCGGUUUUGCAUUGUCUCUAGCAAAUGGUCUUAGCGGUCGGAAGCCAAAGAAUGUUGACGGUGUUAAGUCAUUUUCAGAGGCCUUCGAAACAUCACUCUCCAACCGUUCUAUCAAGAUAUACGAUGUCGUUGACGAUUUCAUAAUGCCGCUCUGCAAUGCAUACGGAGACGGCAGGUGCGGUGAACUCGGAUGCGAUAACUCGCACCUAGUGAGUCUUACAUCUGCGGCCACGUGUAGCAGCAACAACCGACACUGCGCUCCAUAUUUCCAAACAUCAUGCUCCGAAGUUUACAAAUACAUGAGCAACAAAAGUGCUGACACAUGCCUGUCAUGGUCGGUAUACCUGGCAUGGAAAUUCCAUGAAUGCCUUGAAAGUCUUCUCAAGUCACUCAAGGAUAUAUUAUGCGAAGACUGGGGCUGCCGAAAAUGUAUUGAGAGCGAUACUUGUAAGAGGGGAGAGCACGGUGUUUUGCAGGAUUCAUGUAAAUGCUUCUCCGUCGUCAGCUGUAGAGGCAUUUCACCAACACUCUAUAAAUAUGGAUUGCUGUUCGGAGACUCAUUCACGUUGAAUCAAGGCAUUUAUCGUAAAAAGUGCAGUGACUUAAUUACUCAGCUGCGUAAGGUAUUGAAUUCCAAAUAUUUCCAGGAUCUGUUUACAGAAUGUGACAAUUUCCUAAAAGAGAUCAGGUGGCCAUUUAUGCUAACGUUGUUAGCCCUCUGGUCGCUCUCGCUCCUGUACCUGCUGCACAUCACCGUCGUCCGCCUCGACGUCUUGAGGAUCCGCUCCCACCUGAGAUCACCCGCAAGCCACCGCAUCGCCGCGCAGUCCCUCCUCGCCGCCGCACGCGUCAAGGCACUCGCCAACGUCAAGUACUUCUCACCAUAA